GUGUUACGUAAAAAUGAAUUAUUGAAGUUAUUUCUUAGGUCUUUUUCUUAUUUGCCCGCCCCAGUGAAUAUUAGUUAUUUGUGGGGGUGAGGUAGCAUGACUGGCGUGGUUUUGAUUAUACAAUUAGUUACUGGGUUAUUUUUGUCUAUGCAUUAUUGUGCAGAUGCUAGUUAUGCCUUUAAUUCUAUUGUUCAUAUCCAUCGGGAUGUAUUUUUUGGGUGGUGUGUUCGUUCUAUUCAUAUGAAUAGAGCUAGUUUUUUUUUGUUUUGUAUUUUUAUGCAUUUAGGCCGAGGGCUUUAUUAUAAAUCUUUUAUAAAUAUCCAUACUUGGGGGGUGAGAGUAAUUUUAUUAAUUUUAAGUAUGAUUACUUCUUUUCUUAGGUAUGUUUUACCUUGAAGACAAAUGAGUUUUUGAGGGGCAACUGUGAUUACUAAUUUUUUGAGUGUAAUCCCUUUUUAUGGGGUGGAUAUUGUUAAUUGGAUUUGGGGUAGGUUUUCAGUUGGCCACCCCACUUUGAGUCGAUUUUAUACUUUUCAUUUCAUUCUACCUUUUAUUAUUGUGGUUUUUUCGGUUAUUCAUUUGUUGUUUUUGCAUCGUACGGGCAGUUCCAAUCCGAUUAUAUUGAACUCUAACUCGUUAAAAGUGAACUUUUGGCCUUAUAGUGGUUUAAAGGAUUUAUUAUGAUUUUUAGUUAUAUUUACUUUGUUUUUCUUAAUUGUGUUUUUUUUUCCGCAGGUAUUUAGUGACCCCGAUAAUUUUAUUAAGGCUAAUCCUAUGGUGACCCCUGUCCAUAUUAAGCCAGAGUGAUAUUUUUUGUUUGCUUAUGCUAUUUUACGUUGUAUUCCUAAUAAAACACUGGGGGUUGUGGGAUUAGUAAUGUCUAUUUUAAUGCUUUAUUUAUUAAGUAUUAUUAAUGUUGUGGUUAAUAAUACUUAUAUUAAAGGAAAACAAAUAGGAUAUAUGAUUGUCUUUUGAAUUUUUUCUAUUAAUUUUUUUGUUUUAACUUGGUUAGGUAGGUCUCCUGUGGAGGAUCCCUAUAUUUUUAUAGCUCAAGUUUCUUCUGUUAUUUAUUUUUUGUGUCUACUAGUCAUAGGAAUCUUAUAA